AGAGCUUGACACGGGGCCUCUAACUCAAGAACCGCGAGAUCGUGGCCUGAGCCGAAGUGGGAGCCUUAACCGACUGAGCCACCCAGGCACCUCUUAUUCUUUAAUAUUUAAUUUCAUGAUGGGGUGAGUGGAGCUGAACGAUUGGGGGAAAAUGUCUAAAAAGGCCCUUGAGGGAGAGAGAAUGAAAAAAAGUUUGAGAAACAGCUGCUCUACUUCUUAGAAAAGAAUUUGUCAGAUGUGUAUUAUGUAUUACGAUUCACAAAUGAGUUAGGAAACACUUAAUUAGGUAGAACGUGGUGGGACAAGAGAACAGAAGCCUUGGUGUAUCCCAGACUAAAGGAUGAGAGGGGAAUUUUGGGUUCUGCAUUUAACUACCACAUAAAUGAGUUGAGCUUUCCCAUACCCCUGUGAAAAUUGUUAUCAAUUAGCCCUGCACUGAUCAAGUUCUUAGGGUUUCAUAUUUUAUUUAAAAAGCCCCUUUGCAUAGCAGGCUUUUAAAUUUUUACUUAUUCACUUUGUGGGUGGUUAAAAGUAGCAGUGAGGUCCCUUUCUCCUGCAGCUCUGGGAAAAAGUUAGCAACGGAGAGUCAAGAAGUCCUAUUGGAUACAUCCAGACAAGGUUUGGUUAGAAAUACAUUUACUUGGGCUUUCCAGUGGAUGGGUUUUGGGCAAAUGGUACCCCAUUUGAUAGCUGGAGGCUCUCUAACUCAUUGUUAUCUUUUGCACCUCGUGCUCUUUGAGCCCAGGAGCCCAAGGAGCCUCCCUGAAACCCACCAACUACAAAAAUGGCAGCCCUCCGCUGGUGCAGGUGACAAGCUGCAGGCGCAGGCCGGGCACAGGCCAGACACGAUGCACCAGAACCCUCAUUCUGGCCUCGCUUCUGCGCCAGGUGUGCUACGACCAAAACGAGGCCCGCAGCCUUGCGCAGCCUCACUAGCCAAUGGUUUUCCUUCUUGAGGCCUCAACCAGCUUUUCUGUGGUUUUCCUCCAUUCUCUCCAUCUGCCUCUCGAGGCGGCGGCCAUGAGCUGGGCUGUGGGAGUUCUGUAGAUGAGCUGCAGCGUGGUCGCCGUGGGAGUGAAUUUCUUUUGCCUGAGGAUGGCUCUGUGUCCCUUGCAGCCUGCACACAUCCCUGUCAGAGGUGGCUGGCGUUUUUCCUCACUCUGUUAGGUUUCCAAGAUGGCGACUAUCAGUGAACUUCUUAAGAAUUUCACUUCAGAGGAGGCCAUUCAUCACAAUAAGAUCUCCAUUAUAGGAACUGGAUCGCUUGGAACAGCCUGUAUAAUCAGCAUCUUACUAAAAGUAAUGAUGGAUGAGCUUGCCUUUGUGGAUGUUGGUGAAGGCAAACAGAUGGGUGGGACAGUGGAUCUUCAACAUGGUAGCCCUUUCAUGAAAAUGCCAAACAGUGUUUCUGGCAAAGAUUACCUUGUCACUGUAAACUCCAACGUAGUGAUUAUCACAGCAGGUGCACGCCAGAUAAGAGGAGGAGAAACACACCUUGAUUUAGUCUAGCGAAAUGUGUCCAUGUUUAAAUGAAUGAUUCCCAGUAUUACCCAAUAUAGUCACCGCUGCAAACUGAUUAUUGUUUCCAGUCCAGUGGGUAUCUUAACUUAGGUAGCUUAGUUGAGUGCAUUUCCCCAAAACCGUGUUAUUGGGAAUGACUGUAAUCUGGACACUGGCCAUUUCUGUAUCUUGAUUGGGCAGAGGCUUGGCAUCCAUUCUGAAAGCUGUCGUGGGUUGGUCUUUGGAGAGCAUGGAGACUUGAGUGUUCCUGUAUGGAGUGGUGGGGUCCUUCUGAAGAAUCUGAACUCAGAUAUAGGAACUGAUAAAGAUCCUGAGCAGCGGGAAAAUGUCCAGAAAGUAGUAGUUGCCAGUAGUUAUGAGAUGAUUAAAAAGAAAGGAUAUACUUCUUGGAGUGUUGCCCUAUCUGUAGCUGAUUUAACAAGUAUUUUGAAGAAUCUUAGGAGAGUGCAUCCAGUUUCCACCAUAAGUAAGAGCCUCUAUGGAAUAAAAGAAGUAUUCCUUGUUGUUCCUUGUAUCCUGGGAGAGAAUGGUAUUACAGAUCUCACGAAGGUAAAGGUGACCCCUGAAGAGGAGUCUCGUUUGAAAAAGAGUGCAGACACUCUUUGGGAAAUUCAGAAGGAGCUCGAGCUUUCAAGUUACUUAAGGCUGCCAUUCUGAAGUUACGGAAGAAGAGACCGUGGUUACAGGAUAUGUAGCAAACUUUCGAAUAAACCUGAAUUCCUAAAAGUGGAAAAAGGGAAAACAGUGACUUCUCUGUUUAGCAGCUGGGGGUUGGAGGACAGUUUAUGCAGUUGCUACAUGACUGCAGUUCUGGCACACGCAAGCGUGUGUUUGCCAUUUGGUCCAAAAUGAAUGGAUGAUGUGUGUUUACAGACGUUCUGAUUCUUUUGUCCUGGCUGGCUGAUACCUAUGUUCAUUUAUACCCUAUAAAAAAAGCUACAAGUUCCUCUACAAUAUAAAAAUGAACAUACACACAAAAAUGGUAGUUCCAAAACUAGUAUUAAAUCAAACCUUGAUUUGACCUUG